ACUUUACUUAAACGAAGGAUCUCAGCUAACACACAAAUAUUUAACGAAGGAACUCAGGAACCCACACGGAACCCAGCACCUCACCGUGAGUGAUUUCGAACAGUUUGGCUCACUUGUGCUGUGAUGCAGUUGUUACUGCACACUGGGCAAGUUUGUGGUAAAAAAAGUUAAAUAAAUGAAAACAAUUAAUAUUUAAAAAAAAUCAUUUCAAUUCCAGUUCUUCAGUAGAAAUUAAACACCUGGUACAAAUCAAACAAAAUAAUACAAAAAAAAUAUAAUAAUUGUUGUUACUUGUGAGAUUUGUAUUAUGUUUGCUUCUUCACCAUCCGUGACGUAGUGAGCGCGAUCGUGCAGACAUGUAUUGACGGUGGAACCGAACAGACGUAGUACUGCGUGCGCUCGUUGAAAUAAAACCGUCCGUUAGUUGUGUUUCGAUCGGGAAAAGAGAAGCAUCGCCAAAUUCGGUACACUUCUACUACAAGGAGAAAUCGCGUAGUGUGUUUAUGAUUUUUGGUUUCCUAUACCGGACCGCGGGUGUGUGUGUAUCGGUGCUCGUGUGAAGUGUGAAGAAAAUUUUCGCAGGAAAACUUUGACUAGAGUUUUAGCACGGGAAAGUGUGUUGAGCCUGUUUGCGGCCAGGAAUUAGAGGAUCUUUUUGAAAAUAAAACCGAAAAAACACCGGUGAAGUGGCCUCAAACACCGCAGCAAAAGACGUGCAAAAUAAGUGGCUCUGGACGUUGGAGUCGUGGAGUUUAAUACAGCAAGGGAAGCUUCGUUGCGUCGUGUGUGUCUAUACCUCGUGUGUGAUCUUUGGCCGUGCGUAACGUGGGGGGGAAAACUCAGGAAGGAAAGAAGGGAAAACUUAAGAAAAAAACCUUUUUGCUUCGGUUGUCCGAAAAAAGGGGUGUUUGCCCGUUGAUUACUCGAAUACCUUCGCGCUCAACCCCACCGUGCUCAACCGUCCACGCAGUCCGGCAGUCAGCUGCUUGCCGAUCAGGAACAACGAGCCGUUGCACUGUAGCCGCUCAAGCCCGGACCAAUUUCGCAAGGACGUCCGUGCCCUUGCAGGCGGACCCGUUACUUCAAAGCAGCGAAAACGUUUCCCAAAAUGCUUGAGCGAUCCUUCCGUUGACCGUACCGACAAGACGACCGCUCUUAUUUUAUUGAUGCCGUGACCAGGAUGCGACAGUGAACCGUGGCUUGACUACAUUAGAAAAGAAAACAUACACACGAACACGUUAAAGGUGGCUACUAAUCAUUGGCACACUACUACCACUAGCUUGACUACUACCCUACUACCGGCACACGGUGCUCAGCAACCCGACACACACGCACACUGCUACAGACGGACCGAUCAAAACCGGGCGAGAAAGUAUGCGCGUCGGACCGAUUGGGCACGAACGGGUCGCGCGUGUUUGACGGUUGUCCGGCGUGCGUCUACGUUCAGCAUUCGAUCACUUUGGAGCGUAAAGACUGUGCGGCACGAGCUGGUGAGAAGAUUCUGUGGCAGAAAUCAGCUGGCUAGCGGGGUGGAGGUGCAAACCAGCGGCAAGAGUAUGGGCACGGCAAACGAUAGUCAGCAGCAGCAGCGACAUCACCAUCACCAUCACAGGCGGUCGCAAAAUCAGCCGCGCCAGCAGCAACGGCCUGCGGAGGCCAAGAAUCUGCCGGUCGAUCAGCCGAAAGUCGGUGCCAUCGUCGGGAAAGGGCGCGCGAAGCUCACGAAAGGUGACGAUUCCGACGACUGGCAGUAUCCGUUUCAGCAAGCGAAACAGCAACAGCAGCCACAGCAACGGGAACGGGAGCCCGUUUGGGAUGCGAAAGAACGUACGAACGAGCGGGAUUGGGGUGGUUUUAAGAAACCCGGCACAAAGUAUCCCGAGUCGGACGACUGUGACUCCCUGCCGCCACCACCGCCACCAGACGACGACUCAUACUUCGAUGAUGACGAUCGGCUUUCGCAUGGUCACCAUCAUCACCACCAUCACCAUCACCAGCAGCAGCAGCAGCAACAGCAACAACACCUUGCCCAUCUAGCACAGUCACAGGCCAAUCACAACGGGAUGCAUCUAGCGGCCCAGCAACAGCUGCCCGUCGGGCAUCGUCAUCACUUUGCCACCGGUACGCCUCCACCAGUGCUCGAUUCCGAUCUGGACGCGAGCCUCAAGAAGGACCGGAAGUUGCGCUCCAACUCGGACAGCUCCAACGCUACCUCGAAUGGUGGAGUUGGCGGAGGAGGUGGUGGGGGAGGUGGUGGCGGCGGAAAGCACAAGAAUGGAUUGGGUGGUAAGACGGCGAACGGUGGAAACGGCCAUCAUCAUCACCAUCACCACCAUCACCAUCACAACCGGUCGGCGAUGCAUCCCAAGAGUAGCCGGGCGGAAUCGGUCCUGUCCAGCGAUUCGGACAUCCGGUUUACGCGGCGCAAGCUGGGCGACAAUCAAAAGUGUGGCUGUGCGCUGAUCGCAGGCUUUCUGCUCAUUCUGCUGUGUGCGGGCGCAAUCGUUUACGUUGGCUACACCUAUCUGCGGCCGGAACCAUUACCGGACCGGAUAUUUCGGGCCCGUUUGCGCGUGAUCGAGGGUGACCGAUGGACGCCGGAGCUGGCGGAUCAGAACACGCUACGGUUUCAGCAUCGGGCCCGGGACUACCGGGAGCGCAUCAAUCUCAUCAUGCGUCGUUCGGAUCUGCGCGAACCGUUCGAGGGCAGUGAAAUACUUGCACUGGAUGGUAACGAGGAACCAGGCGAUCUGACGCUGCACUUUGCGCUCUACUUUGACCCGUACGCUGAGCUGGUGUCGGCGGCCGAUCUGCGGUCUAUUCUGCUGGAGGAGAUCACCGGACAGGAGCGGAAGUACUUUCGCAACCUGACCAUCGAUCCGAACAGUCUCGUCAUCAAGGAGGUAUCGGGAACGGGUGAUGAUAUCGUCGGUACGUCAUCGUCACCGCUCGGUGGCAAAGAUGAGGUGACGGUCGAGAUCGUGACGACUGCACGCCCACCACGGAAGUGUGAACCGCUCCGGCUAGGGUAUUGCCGUUCCGUCGGCUACAAUGUGACGACCUAUCCGAACUUUUUCGGGCAUGGAUCGCUCGAGGAGGUUGAGGCGGAUCUGAUCUCGUUCCGGGAGCUGGUCGAUGCGGAAUGUUUCCGGCAGGCGUUCGACUUUAUCUGCCGACUGUUGCAACCACCCUGCGAGUAUCGUAGUAUUGAGGAACCGACGCCCGGUACGGUGUGCCGGCAGUACUGUCAGGCAUUCUGGUCCGGAUGUGGAGAACGACUGCCGGAGCGGCUGCGUCGUUACCUGGACUGUGAGCGUUUCCCAGAGUCGACCGGCGUACAGUCUUGUCACAGCAAGCCAGGCUGCACGGGUGAACUGCAGGCAAACGCACUAUCGUCCCGGUUGUGUGACGGUGUUGCGGACUGUGCCGAUCUGUCGGACGAGAACAGCUGUACGUUCUGCGCUUACGGGGCGAUCUCGUGUGGACGAAGCCGUGCCUGUUACGCACGUAACGCACGCUGCGAUGGAAAGCUUGACUGUCCCGAUGGUAGCGAUGAGAAGGAUUGCCUUUCCAUUUCACCACAGGUCAGCUUCCUCACAUUCCCUCCACCAAUUGUACCGUUCCGACCACGGUUCUACUCGGAGGGUUAUGCCGUGUUUUCGGAGAAGGGUACCACCGGCAAGCUGUGCUCGGUAGGUAUGGAAGGUAACGAGUAUGUGCGGAACACCGUCGCCGAGUCACUGUGCAAGGCGCUAGGAUACGAGCGGGUUGACUAUUCGGAGAUUCGCAACGACACGGAACCGAACACGAGCUACGUGCGGGUGCUGGAUCCACGGGCGUCCGAGAUUUCGUUCGUACGCACGCAGUGCCAGAGCAAACAGUCGCUGUACGUCGCCUGCAGCCAUCUGGAGUGCGGUGUACAAUCGACACUGCCUGCGACGCAAAGUAUUGGGUUGUCGAAGAUGGCGACACCGGGUGAUUGGCCGUGGCAUGUAGCACUGCUACGAGCGGAUACGCACGUCUGCGAUGGAACGUUGGUUUCGAAGGAUUGGGUGCUCACGACGGAGUCGUGCUUCCAAGGACAGGCAAAGGCAACAUGGAUGGCUGUGUUUGGAGCAGUGAGACUGUCCUCCAAUGCACCCUGGACGCAACGGCGUCGCAUAAUCGGUAUGGUGAAGUCACCGGUAGAGGGCAGCACAGCAGCCAUGGUACGGCUGGAAACACCGGUCGUCUAUUCGGACUUUGUGCGCCCGAUCUGUCUGCCCGAUAUACCGCUGAAGGAAACGAUCGAUCGGAGCGAUAACAACGUGACACCGACACCACACGCCGAAAAGUACUCCACCAGCAAGGGUGGCAAACUGAGCGGCCGUAAGUUGAAGGAGUACCGGCAGUACUUCGAGAUGCCGGGCGAUGAUGAGCUGGUGACCGAUGAGUACGGCGAUCUGAACGAGGCAGCCAAGUACGUGAAUCAGUACAGUGCCGACUUUACUGACGAGCAGUAUCACAUCCCGAAGGCUGAGGCAGCUGUGGCAGGAACGCACGGCCGGACGACCGUAUCUACCGUGCCUGGAAGUGUGCCGGCUGGACCAGCGGCCUAUCCACUGCCGGCCAACUCUCCGCAGACGAACAACUACAUCUCAGCACUGAACUACAUCAGCUCGGGUGGUGUGGCGAAUGUGGGUGCUGGCGGUGUAGGUUUCCAGCAGCCGACCAAGCUCGGCAAGCAGAGCCAGUGGACGAACUGCAAUACGCUCGGGUGGUCACGGCAGCGGGAUCAUCUGCAGCGGGUACAGCUGAAGCUGAUCGACAUGUCACCGUGCGAGAACAUCUCGAUCGCCACGGUCAACAGUAUGUGUGCGGAGUCGGCCUACCACAAGCAGGACUGCAGUGAGGAGGAGUUUGCCGGCAGUCCGGUCAUCUGCUUGCUGCCGAGCGAUCGGCGUUGGGCGCUGGUGGGUAUCAGCUCCUGGCGCAUUGCCUGCGCACCGAAUGGGAUCGAGCGGCCACGGAUGUACGACAAAAUCAUACCGAACACACCCUGGAUCCGGGAUACUAUCACUGCGACGGUGACGUGAGCACACGAGCACACAGCAAUAUUACGAGAUACACACACAGAGACACAUUAGCUAAUAGAUAGACAUGGUAUGGUGAUAAGGUUCGAAGCGUUGUGCGAAACGUGUUUCACACAUCUUUACUGUGACGCACGUCAAACACUGGAUAAAAGCGUGUGAGGGUGUGUGCGUGCGCUCGGUAUACACUAGCAGACGUACUUUAAGAGCGUUAGUGACCUACGAAUAGAAGCAACGUUUAGUAGCGGCAACCGAACGCAAACAGUGUUGCUAAAGGCCAUAGAGGACACCGCUUACGAUUUUCCCUUCUACGCAAAUUUUGCUGCGCUACGCAAUACACGUGAGCACCGCUCGUUUAAGAUCGUAUAACAGAUACCGCACCUGCCUAUCGGACUCGAAAAAUUGGUAGUGUAGAAGAGUUGGUGAUCACCACCGAUCGAUCGGCUAGCCUAACGUAGCGCGUUUCGGGGCCGCUCCCGAGCUGACACUUUUUAGAUAGUUUAUGUGUGCAGAGUGUAAAUUAACGCCUACUGGCGUGUGGCGAAGUGCGCGCUUUGCUAUAUAAAUACUUGUCGCCCAGCGAACGACCAAAGCAAGUUUUAGUGACCGGAACGAGAUCUAUGCGAUGUGUACAUUUCAGCGAACGCACUCUAACCACAGCUCGUCAGCGCGUUUUGACGUGAAAUUUGGUUUAUUAGUUUUUGUUUUGUUUUGUUUUACUCCACUUUACCUACUAACGUCUUCAUAAUCCUAGAUAAGUGAAGAAUCAGCCGAAACCGAGCGCAAGCCAGGGCAAAAAAAAAAACGAACUGUAUGUACGAGCGUAGUAUUCCAUAAGUGUAGAAAUUUACUCAUACUCAUAUAUUAAGCGAAGAAAUAGAAAAUUGACAAUCGCUUUGCGUGACUAGAGAAAGUUAAAGCCCAUACGGCGGAUGCAUUAUUUAAGUUUUGCUCGAGUCGUUCGGUCUUCGGUCAUUCGGCGACGUAUUGCGCCCAAACCUAGUUGUUUCGGGUUUAUUUCUGUUAUAAUCAAGCAUCGUGUAAUGGCGGGGCUGCGAACUGUGAGACGAACCUGUUGGCACAAUAAAUCAUCUCUUUAUAUGCUUGUUAA